AGCUAAGCUGUCAAGCAAGCAAAUCGCCAACCGCUUCGCGUCGUGUCCUUGUAAAAAUCGCUGUUUCUGGUGGCUUCUCUUAAACAUCAUCUCGCUUUUAUUUUUGUUCUCUUUAAUUGUUUACAUUUUCUUCCUCGCUUUUCUCGUCAUCCAAACACCAAACUUUUCACAGAAUGGGAAAUUCAGCAAGCAAUAGCCGUAGGUAUCAUCACCACCGACCAGCAGCUGCGCCGCAGGCCCCAGUCACAACUAGCCAAUACGCAUUUGCGGCCCCAUCUCAGUAUCCAAAUCCUAAUAUUCCUUACCAUUAUCAUCAGUAUCCUCCUGGAUAUUACCCGCCUCCGCAUGUGCCGUUUGGUCCGGUUCCUCAUAAUUUCCAUCGUUAUCCUUGUGGUGUUGCUCCGCCGAUGGUUUCGCCUCCCGUUGAGUAUCAAAAGGCGGUUACAAUUAGGAAUGAUGUGAAUAUAAGGAAAGAUAGCAUUAGGGUUGAGGAGGACGAUGAGAAUCCCGGAAAGUUUCUCGUCGCGUUCACUUUUGAUGCCACUGCCCCUGGAAGCAUUACAAUUGGGUUUUUGGCUAAAGAAGGUGCAAACUGUGACGUGAUAGCAACAAAACCUGUGAAGGUAUCGUUUGAGCAAGGUCUUGAUCAGAAGUUUAGACAACCUUCUGGAACAGGGAUUGAUUUCUCAAUGGUUGAGGAUGCAGAGUUAAAGAAGGAGGGUGCUGAAGGGGUUUAUCCUCUUAUGGUGAAGGCUGAGGUGUGCCCAUCAAAUAAUGAUGAAUUGGAAGCUAAUUCAUCUGGAAAUUCACAGAUCACGUUGGCUGUGUUUGAUAAGAAAAUGAAUGAUAAGUACAUUGUCCGGGUUAUGAAACAGAUCCUAUGGGUGAAUAGCACGAGAUAUGAGUUGCAGGAGAUUUAUGGGAUUGGGAACUCUUUGGAAGUUGAAUCUGAUGAGAAUGAUUCUGGAAAAGAAUGUGUCAUCUGCUUUUCGGAACCACGAGAUACUACUGUCCUCCCAUGCCGACAUAUGUGUAUGUGCGGUACAUGUGCCAAGGUUUUGCGAUUGCAAACAGAUCGAUGCCCCAUCUGCAGGCAACCAGUUGAGCGCCUCCUGGAAAUUAAGGUGAAGGAGGGAAGUGAUGAAUGAAGAUUAUCUACUGGCAAGGGUUUCUGGUUACUUGAGAAUUUCUUUAAUUUCUCUCUUUCAUGUCUUCACUUCAGAAAUGGAAGAUGUGGUAUGAAGAUUUUAUUUCCUUAUCUCGCCCUAAUGCAAUUCUUUAUGAUCAGAAUUGCAUCGUAAAUAGUGUAGUCAGUGGCUUCUUAUAUAUACACAAAUAUAUUCCUAUUUUAUAAGUUGUUCUUCAGCUACAGAACAUUACCUUGUUGGUUGUUUGCUGAUCAAAAGUUAUCAUGCAAAUAAAUAGUUUCUACCAAGAAAUUAUGGUUGA